UUGUCAAACAUCCCCAAUAUCCAAAAAUACUUCUUCAACAUUUUGAUUUUGGUUGAAAAAACUAUUGUCAACAUAUUUUUUUAAAUCCAUUUUAACAUAAUUAAAAUUAAUUAAAAACAAUGACAACCCUUCGCCCUUUCACUUGUGAUGAUAUGUUCAAGUUCAACAAUGUGAAUUUUGAUCCAUUGACUGAAACUUACGGACUAACCUUCUACACCCAAUAUCUGGCACGCUGGCCAGAAUACUUUCAAGUCGCCGAAUCACCCAGUGGCGAAAUAAUGGGUUAUAUAAUGGGAAAGUCUGAAGGACCUCGGGAAAAUUGGCAUGGACAUGUGACCUGCUUGACUGUUUCUCCGGACUACCGCCGAUUAGGAUUGGCUGCACUUUUGAUGAACUUCCUUGAAGACGUUUCUGAGAAAAAACGUGCCUACUUCGUUGAUCUCUUCGUGCGAGUGAGCAAUAAAGUGGCCAUCAAUAUGUACAGAAACCUGGGCUACAUAAUCUAUCGAACGGUUCUGGAAUACUACUCAGGAGAUCGAGACGAAGAUGCCUACGAUAUGCGAAAGGCUCUGUCGCGGGACGUGGAAAAGAAGUCGGUCAUACCAUUUACACAUCCAGUACGGCUAGAGGAUGUUGAUUGAUAUUGAGUUUUCCUGUUUUUCCUUGUUGUCUUGAGUGUCUAACAUUUAUGCAAAACAAAAAAAUGCAAUUUAAUUCACUAAUUUCGUAUAAACCUAUAAUGUCUCAUAUAAUUUUUGUUCUUAAUAUUCGUUGUUUUAUUGCAAGGAACCAGGAUUUGUAUUUUUCUAUCAAUUGUAAUAUGUAUUACACUUGCCGAGUUAAGGAAGUUGACAAACUUUGCAAAUUAAAUUUAAAAAAAAAAAUCAAUUAUAAGAAGAUAAUAUAUUGAAUUAAAUAUUAA